AUGGAGCUGGGUGAAUCAAAUUAUUCUCUCAUAUCUAGCCCAUAUGAUAGUUUUAUGCGAAAACAUCUACAGCACUAUGGUUAUUUUACUGGUCGAAGUGAAAUUGUUAAAAAAUAUGGUUUUGUUCCAUCGAAAUCACAACUUAUAUCAUCAUCCAGCGACUCUGAUUCGAGUUAUGGUGAUGACGAACCAACAAUAAAUAGUGAUCGUCGAUCUCCGCAGGAGAAUUCUGAAUAUAAAGGCAAACCAUUCGUUCCUGAUCGAAGACUUCCUAUUCGACAAAAUCGAGUUUCAUAUAAUUUACGAGGUCAAAAUGACGACAAUUCAUUUGAACCCAGAUGGCCAAUUGAAAUUGAAGUUUUAACUGAAUCACGUAUUAAACAUAUUAAUGCACCACCGAAAUGCCCAGAACUGUUUUAUAAACCAACUCCUAGUCAUACACCUUUUGUUCGUAGUUUUGAUGAGAAUAAUGGCCGUGUUGUUUUUAAUUACAGCCCAGAAACAUGUGGUUAUUUCAUGCGAUCUCGUAUUGGUGGUAAUAGAGAUGGUUGUAGACAAGCAGGUGUAAUAAUACGCAAUUCCGAAGAUACAACUGUACUAUUUGAGUCUCGUUUUGAAAGUGGAAAUUUGAUGAAAGCCGUUCAAGUUGGUGAAUAUGAAUAUGAGCUCUAUCUUCGAUAUGAUUUGUAUACCAAACGUAAUACACAAUGGUUUUAUUUUCGUUUACAAAACAUUCGAGCUAAUAAAAGAUAUCGUUUCACCAUCGUUAAUUUUUUCAAACCAACAAGUCUCUAUAAUAAUGGUAUGAAACCUUUGAUGUAUAGUGUAUCUGAUGCCGACGAUAAAGGCAUUGGUUGGCGCAGAUGGGGCGAAGAAAUAGUCUAUUAUAAAAACAAUCUAACUGCUCCUGAUAAUCCCUCGUCAAAUAUGUAUUCACUUACUUGGACGUGUAAAUUUCCUAAUGAUAAUGAUACAUAUUAUUUUGCUCAUUGCUAUCCAUAUACCUAUUCAGAUUUACAAGAUUAUUUAAAUGAGAUUCAAAAUGAUCGUGUAAAAAGUGAAUAUUGUAAACAAAAAGUUCUUUGUCGAACAUUAGCUGGCAAUUUUGUUUAUAUGCUAACAAUAACAAGUCCAACAUCAAAUCCAUUAAAUAUGUGUACAUCACCUGAGCAACAAGUUAAAAAAGGUGUUGUUGUUACUGCGCGUGUUCAUCCCGGUGAAACAAAUGCAUCAUGGAUGAUGAAAGGCUUAUUAGAUUUUUUGCUUAAUGAUUCAGAAGAUGCAAAACUUCUUCGAGAUAAUUUUAUUUUUAAAAUUGUUCCAAUGCUUAAUCCCGAUGGCGUUAUUGUCGGUAAUUAUCGUUGUUCUCUAUCUGGACGAGAUUUAAAUAGAAAUUAUAAAACAAUAUUAAAAGAUGCCUAUCCAUCUAUUUGGCAUACGAGAGAAAUGAUAAAAAGAUUUAUGAGUGAAACAGAACUUAUUCUUUAUUGUGAUUUUCAUGGACAUUCAAGAAAACAGAAUGUUUUUGUUUAUGGUUGUGAAAAUAAGCAUCUACCGAAUGAACGAUUAAAAGAAAGAAUUUUUCCUGCAAUGCUAUCAAAAAAUGAUCCAGCUAAAUUCGCAUAUUAUUCAUGUAAAUUUAAAGUACAAAAAAAUAAAGAAGGAACUGGACGUAUAGUAAUGUGGGCGAUGGGUAUUCUAAAUAGUUAUACAUUAGAGGCUACUUUUUGUGGAUCAACACAACGUGACCGAGCCGGUCAUCAAUUUAACACAAGAGAUCUUGAAUCCAUCGGUUAUCACUUUCUUGAUUCUCUACUUGAUUAUUGUGAUCCAGAUCAUACCAAGCGUGAUCGACUAUUGAAUGAAUUGGAAGAUAAUUUACGACGUAGCAUUCAAAUGAAACUUCUUUCGCGUGGUAUAAAUGCAACAUCAGUAGAUGACAUUGAUAUAGAUCAAUGGUCAUCUGACGAUGACUCAAGUGAUGAUGGAGGUUCAGAUUCGUCAAUUGAUGAUGGUCUACCAAAACAUUUGGAAAUUAUUGCUGCUGCUAAAGUUCGAUUGAAAAAAACGAGAAAGAAGCGUUCCAAUACAAAAGCCUCCAAAGAUUCCAAGAGGAAAGAAGAGAUAGAUAAAGACAAUGCUGAAAAAAACAAACCUGUUGGCCUGCCCUUAUCUAAGUCUCGUAAUAUCCGUUUUCCAACAAUUGAUAUCUAUAUGCUAGGAUCUUUUCCGUUUUUUUUCAAGGAUUUAUUAGAAACUAAUAUUCUAACAACUGAUAAUAAUGAUAGUACCGACCAGAUUAUGCUUGAAAAAAGUCAGCAACGACCACGGCAAAGAAAACGCUGUCGGUCUGAAACUUAUUUUGUUUCUCCGUGUUUUGCAUGUUUAAGCGCUCAAAUUCCUCGUAUGGAAGAAAUUGCGUCGGUUGAUGAUACAGCUAAAACAGCAGCAACGACAUUGGUUAAUAGAGGAACUGAUACGAAUGAUUCCAGUCGACACGAUGUGUCAAGCGAAACAACUGCUCGAUCAAGUCGAUGGCCAGCAUUAGCAAAAACGAAUAAUUCUAUCAAUCGACUGACGCCUACUGAUGAAAAAGCGCAGCGAUCACAGGUAUCAAUAAAAUGA